AUGCUAAAUGUUUAUAGAAAAGGUUUCAGAUGGUUAUUUGCCACUACCUUAAUGCUCCUAUUUUGUUUUCUCAUUCUUCCUUCUGGAGCUGAAGAGCAUGAAGAUAUUGUUAAGGUUGUGGAUAAUGACAAAUCUACAAAAGUUGAAGAUGUUUCCAAAAACUCUUUAUCUGAGGAAGUAAUCGAACUUGAGGGUGCAGAUUCGUCUGAGGGGGCUUCUGGAAUUCAAAAUCCGGAGCAAGUUUAUGAGGCAUGUCUCUCAUUGCAUGAGUCUUUUAAAAAAGAAUGUACUGAGGAAGAAAUUCAAAAACCUCUUUCAGAUCUGGUUGAAGCUUGCAGUGAUCCUGUUUUAAACGUUCAGAGUGUAACCGCUAUUGCCUCCAAAAUUGUUAGUAAUUCUAAUGACUCUAACUUUUCAGACUCUACAGAAUGUUCUAUUAUGGUUCUUACCACCUCUUUAUAUAUCUCUUCCAAUAAUCAAGUUGAAGAAGAGGAGGAAAGCGGAUCUCUUGAAGCUGAAUCUCUGGAGACUGAGGACUCACACAUGGAAAGCGAACUUGAGAAUAACUAG